AUGUCCAAUGCUCCCCGCGCUCCUCCGAUCAUCCAACUCGGGUUCGAUGCCGAGGACCGUGCGCCUUCGCCCGAGAGUGAAGUUGCAUGGAGUCUGCCUGCUGCCGGAGCCACCCGAUUGGUCGGCAGCCGCUGGAUGGGCAAGGACUACGAGGGCAUCAAGUGCUGGGCCCAUGGUGUUCGCGGAUAUCCCGACGAUGACAUGUCAGACGAUGAUUCAGACAGCGAUAUAUUCGAUGUCAAGGCCGCACCCAUAUUCCCCAUUACCAUCAAGUCUCCUCGCUCAUCUCGCCGCGCACCUUCCACCCAGGCUUCGCUUACCCCACGGCACAUGUCUGUGUUCACCCUCGAUGACACUGCCUCGCUUGCCACCCCUGUAACCGACAACUGCCUUGCUCAGGGCUACCUCGAGUCUUAUCAGUCUGCGAACACAGAAGCUGCACAACGACUCCGCCGCCUUGUCACCGGCUCUACGGCUUCCACCCUCAACUCAUCCGCCCCCAAGCCCGCAAAAGCCCGCACAACAUCCACCCCCAUCCCUACCAACCUUCCCAAGUCUCUUUCCUCUGAACCCGUCUGGAUCUCCCGUUCGAUCCAAUCAUCGGUCAAGGCCGACCAGCGCGGCCGCGACUGGGGUGGUCUCUACGACGUUGAAUGUGAAAAGGAAGAGCUUGCAUCGGAUCGCAUUGGCAGCUAUAUCCCAACAGAUAGCUGGCAACGCGGACGAACGCGCCAACGCUCCAACACCGAUCAGUUCUGA